AUAUUCAGACGCCGUCCAUCACUAUGGAUUAAUAGUGUCGGGAAACAGAUUUCUCUCGAGUUGCCUGUUGGAGUGGAAAUUAUCAGUGUAUAAUUUCCCCACGUUGGUCGGUCGCGAUCCGAUGUUAAAGUGGCCUGGAUCGCUCGCAACGGACUGGUAGCCGAUUAGGUUUAAUUACGUUAUCUAAACAGUGAGCAGAAUUCGCAUAAAGUAUUUCAAUUAUCAUUUUCGGCGAUAACACCAGACGGAAUGUCGAUCAAUAUCUGUGAGCAAUUAUAAUCGAUGUGAUGAAGUAAUCAGUGUUGUGUUGUGAUUGUGUGUGUUUAAUAGUGUUUAGUAUCAUGUGGGGAGCAGCAGUGUCUAAUCCACCGCGUUAUCAUUACAUUCAGGGUCCACCAGGUGCUAUUCCUCAGGGAACGCCGAGUGGUAACGUUUUAUUGCCACCUCCUAACCAUAGACAUUUGAGACCGCAAUCGUCGUACUCUUUGCCUCAUGGGAGUAACGGGCCAGGUCGAUGGAGUUGGGCUGGUAGCCAUGUGUCUUCUUUUGACCGAAGGCAGCUAAAAGUGCCACCUGAACCUGCGCGCCCUGCGCCCGUUCGUCCAUCACAGAAUAGACACGUUGGCACCAAUAAGGUCGAUCCCGAGCUGAUCUUCACGAAACAAGAGAAGAUCGGCAAGGGUUCCUUCGGUGAAGUGUUCAAAGGUGUAGAUAACAGAACACAGCAAGUGGUCGCAAUAAAGAUUAUAGACCUUGAGGAAGCUGAAGAUGAAAUCGAAGACAUUCAACAGGAGAUUAUGGUGCUAUCACAGUGUGAUAGUCCAUAUGUCACUAAAUAUUUCGGAUCCUACUUGAAGGGAACAAAACUAUGGAUCAUAAUGGAAUACCUCGGCGGGGGUUCGGCCCUCGACCUAAUGAAAGCGGGUAGCUUCGAGGAGAUGCACAUAGCAGUCAUUCUGCGGGAGGUGCUCAGGGGGCUAGACUAUCUUCACUCUGAGAGGAAACUCCAUAGGGAUAUAAAGGCAGCAAACGUGCUACUCAGUGAGAUGGGCGAUGUAAAAUUAGCAGACUUUGGAGUUGCGGGUCAAUUAACGAACACGACAAGUAAACGGAAUACAUUUGUCGGCACGCCAUUCUGGAUGGCACCUGAAGUGAUAAAACAGUCCUGCUACGAUAGCAAAGCGGAUAUAUGGUCACUGGGCAUCACAGCAAUAGAGCUGGCUAAAGGGGAACCACCAAAUUCGGAAUUACAUCCCAUGAGGGUGCUCUUUCUAAUACCUAAGAAUAACCCCCCGCAACUCACAGGGAGCUACUCGAAGCCGUUCAAAGAGUUCGUCGAAGCGUGUCUGAAUAAAGAUCCAGAAAAUAGACCAACGGCAAAAGAAUUACUGAAGUUCCAGUUCAUCAGGAAAGCGAAGAAGAAUUCAUAUCUAAUGGAUCUUAUAGAUAGGUAUAAGAAGUGGAAGGCGCAGAGGAGCGAGGAGAGUGAAACGGAGUCAGAAAAUUCUGAUUCCGAAGAGUGCGGUCGUGGUGACGGCGAGUCGGAUGAGAGCGGAUGGAUCAUGACUGUUCGUGGGGGAGCAACCGCCAGAGCGCUGCAGAGUUCGCAGCCUCUACCACCGCUGCAGUUACCCGACGACAACAAGCGACGUGCACCGGCCGAAGACGCUGUGAUUCCGUCGCCGACGUCGCCCGCAGCGCCCAAGCAGAACGGUUCGGUGCAGGCGCAAGUCCACGCGUUACAAACGCAGCAGUCGCGCGACCCGCCCACGCCGCCAGCGGACAAGCCGCCAGAGAAGACGGCACCGCUCAACAACAACGACAAGCACGCAGGGCGACAAUCUGUACAAGUGCCGGUAGAACCCAGAAAUGUAAAGGAGCGAGAAAGAGACCGGGUAGAGAGAGACCGAGAUGAAAGAAAGGAUAGACACGAACACCAAUCCUCGAACAGGGACAGUGUAGUUUAUAAUAAAGCCGCAUCGCCUUUGGACCAUAGAGGAGCGAACAGCGAAGAGAAUAAAGUUCGAAGGCACCCGUACUUGCAGCAACUCAUCUACCCACUACUCAACGAGCUGUCCCGUAAACACGGCGCGGGCAGUGCGGCGGCAAUCGAGGAGUUACGUCGUGCGUUUGAGGUCGCGGAACGAAGUGCGCCGCAUCUUACACGCGCAUUCGUACAGCAGGUAGUGCAGAGGGUGGCUACGCAGACCCACCAACCUUCGACUCCCUCACACAACGCGUCUUCACAACAGUGGAUGAGUUAGGGACCUAUAAUCUCCGGGCGGCGCCUCCGUUACACGCUGCCGCUUGUUCACUCACCGCUACCUUAUCUCUCGCUGCACCACACACAACCUGACCACCGGACACUGUUUUUACUUCAUAACUGUUUAUGUAUUAUAGUUAACGUUGUUGCAUUCGACAGUACGAUCUCGAUACAUUGUGUGAACUGUCGUCCGUCCACGGCGGUACAGUCUUACCACAGCGCAUUCAUUUAAUACAGAGUGAAAGCUUUCAGCCAGUGCUCAUUUUGAAACGUGGUUCACAACAUUUGUGUAUUUUUCAUGUUAUUGUUUCACUAAUACACACUUGUAUUAUACCACAGUAUUAGCGAAAUAAAAAACAGAUAUUGAACCAAUGCUCAAGUUUACAUUCUGUAUAAUGUGUGGAGUUAUCUGUGGUCUUGCCUAGUAAAUGUUGGUGAAAGAUAAUUGUGAUUAAAAUCGUCUGGAAAGCAUCAUCGCAAGGAAUCGUUUUAAAGUCACCCUGAGUUUCAACUUGAAAUUCAUCUGAGCGUUGAAUUUUACACAUACAUUCGUAUGUGAUUUCCCCGUAUCCAUUAGUAUUUCAUCUGUAUCUUUGUUGAUAUUAGCUGGUAUUUCUUAUAUUAGUUUAUUAUUUUAUAAGACACUUCAAUAUUUGUGACUAAAUGCCAGGAUUUUAAACACAUUUAAUCAUAUGAGACCUAAGUGCAAUAGAUAAGGAUAAUAAGACGUUAUUGCAAUUGUGAUACUAUUCAUUUAUCUAAACAAGAUUCGGACAGGCUUUGCAAUACAAAAAAUUAUAUAUUAGAUAUUGUUUGAAGGUGAGAUUUUUUUUUCUAUGGAGCUCGGGCAUGUUACAGUCAGAAUGAAUCUGUUGAGAUAAAUAUCUAUUUGUCUCCACACCCGUGGCUUUAUGUAUCUCGGUAGCAAUCCAUUCGCAUUUAAAAUAUGUGUAAAUAGAUUGCCAUAUUGAAAUGUAUAAACUAUUUGGCAUUUCUAUAAAAUAAUUAGUUUUACAUGAAAUGACAUAAGGUUCAUAUUUAAUUGCAUAAUUCAAUUCAAUUCAAAAGUGAUGAUUAUCCAAGUUUGUUAUAUUAUAUAAACCCUACGGUUUUAUGUCAGCAGGGAGACCCGUAUGCAUUUUUGAAGUCUAUUAAGUUGACUGCAAUGUGCGCAAGCUCUUAUUUUUCGUAUUUUGAAUAAUAAAAUAUUUUCAAUUAUUACUAUUCUCGUUUUGUCAGCAGUUAGUCCUCUAUAGCUGUGAUCACAAUUGUAAUUUCCACACCAAUACUAAGGAACAAGAGGCUAAGGAAUCUAUUGUUAACGAAAAUAAUCGCUACUGCGCCCAUGAGGAUGACUAAGACGCCGGAUGUUGUUGUCUCGUUCAGACCCAUGUGUGUUGUAGCCACCUUUCCAUUCCAUUUAAAUUGGUUUACCACAAAAUGCAUCAGCGGUCGUACGGCGACGUACACUCAAUUGUCAAACAGUUAUUCGUGCAUUGUAAUGAACAUAUGCUCAUUAUUGAUUUCCUUUGCAUGCUUUUUAUUCCUGUUUUAAAUAAUGUUGAAUUAUCUUCAAUCAAUUUCUGUCAUAGCCGUCGUGAAAUUUAUAGAUGCUCGUAGCCAGUAGUGUUUUCGGGUAUUCGCUAUCACGCCUUUGUGAAUAGAUUGAAGACGCAUAAACAUGGAAAAUGGCCUAACCCAAAAAUAGAUUGGAUUAUUUUUUUAUAAUAGUCACUUAGAAGCCAUUGUUGUAAAGUGUGUUUUGGUGUAUGCCAUUUCCGUGAUGGAGCGUAGACGCGUGUAGCCGCAACCGAGUCACAAAGUUGCUAUGCCAUAGUGUUAUAGUUAAAAAUAUAACGUAAUAAAUACUUAAAGAUGGUUAUGUCCUAACAUAUUUUAUAUUGUAUACGUUAUUUAUGUAAAUAUCAUUUUUUGUUCCCGCCACGCAUCAUUUUAUUGUCAUGCUAAUGGUUAUUGAUGUUUAUUCUUUGUAAUGAACUGUAUUUUGUUCUAUCCGUUCUAUAUAAAGUUUUAGCGAAUGUUUAUUUAUACUGUAUUCGUCACCAUUUAGUUCGUAGAUAUACUAUAGUGGUCCAGAGACCCGUGUGUUUAGUUUUCACUGUGAGUCGUUAUUAUUAUGUAGUAUAAUUAUUGUCAGCGGCUGUUUGUUGAAUGUUUGCGUUUGUUUUGCAAUGGUAUUGGUACUUUUAUUGUAAUUUUAAAUAUUCGUGGAGAGCUACUAAGCUACACUUCGCCAAUAUUUUGCCAUAAUUAUUUUUUUCUAAAAUAUUUUUUACUAACAUGAGUUUUUUGUAUAGUCUGAUUUUAGUUGUGAUCACUGUUCUAAAUUCUAACAUAUUGUAUGUUUAAAAAAGAUGUUAUGAAGCUUGAUGUACAUUCUGUUUUAAGUGUCAUUCCAGACAAAAGACAGCAUUGUCAGCAUUUAUAGAUUUUAUUGUUUUGUAACUUGUGUUUUCGAUUCAACUUUGUGAGUUUUGAACAACUGUGAACUACAUACAUACGUUAUAAAAAUUGUUAUAAAUUUCUUAGAUUAAUUAUGAAAACUUAGGUUUAAUUGUGUAUUUGGCUACUUACCGAUUUGAAUUAAUUAGUUACUAAUAUUUUAUUCUGAAAAUAAUAUGGAGAAAAUGUUUUUAUUUUCAAUUUCCGUUGAUUUUACGCGAUGAGAUGUAAGUGGUUGUAAGGCGAAUCGAAGGUGUAUUUGUGGAUUUAAAAGUAUUCAGACACCAACGACCAUUCGGUGUCGAUAGAAAUAAAAGAAACAUGCUUAACAUGCGACAAUAUUUAGCAAUUGGGAGUAUAUAAGAUAUAUUAUUAUGAAGACUACAAAACAAUUAUUAUCGCAGUGUAAAAAUGUAAACCUUAUUAUAAAUGUAUAAAUUGUGUAGUAUAAUAUAAAAAAAAACUGUUUAUGAAGUGUUCUUAUAAGCAUAUGGAGAGUAGAUAAAGUCUUUCCAAUUUACCUAUCUAUGCCCAGUCCGGAGUGGAACCCACGCUGUUUUCAACUAGUUUGUAGUGUCCAGAAACACCUUGCUACUGUCUGUAGGAAGGUACUAAAUAUUGCCUCUGAUGUGUAGAAUAAGAAAUGGGUUUCACCCCUGACUGGCAUGUUUUGCCUUGAAUUUUUGUUUCGCCAUGUAUAUCGAGCAUGGAUAAUGUUAAUUUCGAUGAAUCAAAAAUUAUUUUUCCACUUGAUUACUUAAUGGUAAUUAAAGCGAUUAGUGUUAGAGGUGGGCGAUAAUUGUUGAUUAUUGAUUAAAAUUAGGUGUUCAUGGCAUUGGAUCGUAGUUGAGACAUGUUCGAUAUCACCGCACUGGACGUCUGAAUAGAGGAAACAUGAGAGGUAUUGGUUGUCUGAAGUGGCCGCUAUUCAGAACGCCAGUGCUCGGUAGCAGAGCGUAGUUGUUAUUGUCAUCAAGAGUUGGAGAAUGUAGAGGACGACGUCGUUUGGUUCAUGGGUAUUUGUGAUCAUAAAUGAAUAGUUAAAAUAAAUUCUAUAUUUAAUAUAUUAAUAUAAAAGUCUGUAUUGAAACCGGUAGUUGUUCUCUGUUAGAUGUAUUUUUCGCGCGUCACUUUUUGGGUAUUCAGACGUAUUUAAUCGAAUGGCUCGACUGUUUCGUAUAAAUAUAGACUGCUGAUAUCGCAAGUUAAUUAAAGACGAAUAUGCAAGUGCACAUGGAAUAUAUGCACAUGUGUGCGGAUUCCUCGAAACGUGACGCGCGAAGUAACACAGUAUAUUGAAAUAAAGUCACCGGCCCUCCACUCGUGCACCAAGUUGAAGCUAACGGCGCGUACCAUUAGUGUAAUGGUCAAUUAAUGUUACGCCGUCUGUCAUUCUAACACGUUUACGUAGGAAACAAAUUUGACUCGGAAUAAAGAAGUUAUUUAAUUUUGGAA